AUGGUUCGUUCAAUAGGUCCAAGGGUGCAUCGCAAGGGUUCUUUGUAUCCUGAAUGUACUGCCAAGCGGCACCCAUCUCGACACCAAGCACCAGAGGUCACCAAUAUAAGCCCCAAGAGUUGUUACUCGCCAUAUGGGUUUGCAGUGAUCGAGACUUCGCUGAAACCUCUAACAAAAAGAAAACGUAAAACGCCUCGCAAUAGAAUUCCAAAAGAACAAAAAACAUUCGGUGGCAAUAAAACUCGACAAGACGCAUCGUAUGUAAAUGGAACUUCGAAAUCCAACGAAAUAUCGAAAUUCGCAGACUCACCAACGCCGCUGGGAGGACUAAUUGCUGAAUCAACAUCAGGGAUUACUUCGACAACGAAUUGUGAUAAUGCCGUCACCUUUGUUGAGGUUGAACAGGUACAAUACUCAUUUGUACAAGCGAAUUACGAACCAUCGUAUUGGGCCAUGCCAACGUUGUCUUACACUGACGAAAGUUAUGAGACGCAAAAAACACCCCUCAAGUAUGGUGCAAGAGAUGAAUAUCUAACAGAUUGGCGCGAUCGGGAUCAAUUUUCUCUUGAUCUCGACGAAGAAGAUUGGAGAAGCCCUGUAUAUUAA